UUUCUAUCUUUAGUAUGUUUAUAAUUGUUUUGAAAACGAAAGUAAUUAUUUUGAAUAAAAAAAUAAUACAUGAAACUAUAUAUCAUAACUAGUCACUAAAAGAGUCUCUAAAUAUGUUAUUCUAUAUAAAUUUAGCGCAUUUAUAACACUAGGAUAAGUAAAAAUGGUACCUAUUUUUCUUUUAAUGAAUCGAAUGGCAACCAGACGCAGAAUUGUUCGUAAAUCAGUUAAAUCAGUGAAACCUGAGAAGAAGGCGCUAGACGCUGACUACUGCAGGACCUGCCUCGGCACUGAGGGUCUUGUGGCGAUAUUUAACAGUAAAGAUUCCGAGAAAAUGAAAACUGAAGACUUGAAACUUGUAACCGGCUUGGAUAUAAAAAUAAACGACGGCCUCCCUCAAAAGAUCUGCAACAAAUGCGUAGAAAUCAUACACACGGCUCUACAGUUUCGACGGACAAGUAAAAAAUCAGAGAAAACCCUGCUCAAUAUGUUCUAUGGUAAACCUAAGAAAAGUUCCAUAAAAAUCAGUAAACACAUCAAGAAGAGUCCUGAAAAAGAAAUCAUAAAGGAAGAUGUGGAUUUUGACUAUGGAGAUAUGUUUGAGAAUGGUUUUCAGGAUGAAGUGGACUUUUCCUACCAGGUCGAUGAGGUUACACCGACAAAAAAUUCAGAGACGACGAUCUCAAAAGGAAGGAAAAAGCGUGAGGUAAUUCCCAACGCUGCAUCUUAUAAGUGUAAUACUUGUAACAAGGAGUUCAGGAUGAAGGCUACCUACAAAGCUCACAUAAGGUUCCACACGAACUACUGCGUUUGUGAGUCGUGCGGCAAGCGCUGCCGCAACAACAACCAGCUCCAGGAGCACAAGCGCGCGCGCCACGGGCUCGGCCGCAUCCACAAGUGCGCCUACUGCGAGUACAGCUCCGCCACCAAGGAGGCGCUCACGAUCCACGAGCGGCGCCACACGGGCGAGCGUCCGUACGUGUGCGACCACUGCGGCGCCACCUUCCAUCGGCGCUCGAACCUCGUACAGCACAUCGCCAUACAUCUGCCCGAAAAGAACUUCCAGUGCGACAUGUGCCCGAAGCGUCUCAAAUCUCGGAAAUUCCUCCAAAUCCACAAGCACAACGCUCACACUGGCAAGCGCUACGGCUACCUGUGCCCCAUCUGCGAACACAGGUUCGAGAAGCCCAACAAAGUACGCGCUCACACCCGCCGCGUCCACGGAUUGCCGGAUGACCAGCAGGGCGCGAUUGUGAGGGUGCAGCUUUAGGGCUCAAAGAAAGAUUGACGAUAAAAACAAUAAAUUAUUUUUAUGAGUAUACUUGUGUUGAUGAUUUAUGAUCUCUCUCUCUCAUAUAUUGAAUAAAAUGACUUACAAAA